AUGGCUCCGUUUGUUCUCUCUCGAGCUGUGCCGCAUGAUAUGAAAGAAAUCGUUGAACUACAAUACGACUCCUUCGAGGAUGAUCUGGUUCACGAGCUGUUUAUGGGCUGUAACUCCCGGCAUGUUUUACCAAAACUGGUGGCGAGAUACACUGAAGCAAUGUUGCAAGAUCCUUCAGACAUAUGGAUCAUGAUCAAGGACGCAGCGACUGGUCGAACUGUGGCCGCUAGCAAUUGGAAACUGUACCUGGGCUCGACUCAUAUGCAGCGACGUGGCGUCGACGAGAUCAUGCCCUGGUUGAAAGGCGAUAUUGCACUGGCAGCAAAGUCUCUGCUGCAGCCGAUGAACGAGAUCAGACUGCUCAACAAUCAGGAUCCAUUCCUGCAUCUACAUAUAUGUUUCACUUCUCCCGAGUACAGACGUGCUGGAGCUGGUAGCAAGAUGAUGCGUUGGGGGUGCGAGUUGGCUGAUUUGUUGUUCCUACCCGCCUGGGUUGAAGCCAGCCCGGAAGGCAACUUCUUGUACAAGAAAUUCGGCUUUUGCGAUUUCAAGCAGAUCGAACACAAAGGAAAAGUCACCGGCACUUGUAUGCGCAGAGAGGCACGUACCACGCGCGUGGCUCUGACGGCUUCGAGUGCGUUAGGUGGUAUCGACUUCGGCGUGUUGUGA